AUGAGUCAAAUUCGUAGACUAUUUGGUAAAGUUGAAAAAAAGACAUUAUUAGUUAGAUUUUCAAACAACAACAACACUCAAUAUUAUAAUGUUCUUUCACCAUUAAAUAAAUUUAAUUCCAAUAGAUUAUAUUCAACAACACCAUCAUCAUCAAAUGUUAACGAAUCAGAUCAACCAAUAAAUCUUGGUUAUAUUAAAUCAGUUCAAGAAGGUGAGGAAGCAUUACUCAAAUAUUAUAAUAAAUCAAAAACAUUUAAACCAGUCGAAUCAUUCGAAUCAUUUGAACCAAAUCAAGCAGGUAGAGAUCAAGAAAAGAUCUUUGACGAAGAAAUCCAUAUUGAAACACCAAAGAUCGAAAUAAAUGAUCAACAAGCACCAUACUAUCACACAUCAAAAAAAAUUGAAAAAUCAUUACGUUCCUAUUUAAAUCGUUUCUUUAUCAAAGUACAUCCAGAUAUUUUCCACAACGAUGAAACCUCUAGAGCUAUCAAUCAAGCAUCUUUAACCAAAUUGAACAAUUUAUUACGUACAUUGGAAGAAUACGUUGAAGUAUCUGAAAAUGAAGAUUCUGUCAUCACUAAAUUAGAUAAAAUUCCAACUCAAUCAACAUUAAAUUUCAUUGUUGAAUAUGAAGAAGAUGGUGGUACAGUUGAAAUCAGUCAAGAUUUUAAUUUUAUUGAUGCUCCUGAUUCAAUUUUAACUUCAAAAUCUUCAUUAGUUCAAUAUGUUACAGAAUUAAGAUAUUCGAUUUAUAGACAAAUUUUUUCAUUAAUAGAGAAAUCAGGUAUUGGUGUUUCAAAAGCAGAAAAAGAAUUAUUAAAAAAUCCAGAACCAGUUUCAAAAGAAAUUUAUGAUGAUCCAUGGGAAGAAUAUUAUGCAGAGAAUCCAGAUAAAAAGGCAUCAAUAACAACAGAUUUGGAUGAAUUCAUUAAGCAAUUCCCAGUUACCCAAGAUAGAUUAACAUCACAUCAUUUAUAUGAACAUCAAAGACUUAUGGAUCAAUUCCAAGAGAAUAGAGUUUUCUUUUACUUUGGAGAGAAUGCAAAGGGUGAUAUCGAUAUAAUGCGUAGUCUCAAUCUUAGAGAGGAAGCAGAGCUUCAAAUCGUUCAUUUGAAAGAGAAUUUAUUAGCAUUGGAAUUCCAAGAAUGGAGUUCAUUACCAAUUGCUAUUGUCAAUCCAGAAUUCUACAAUAUUAUGGAACCAACAUUAACAGCAAAAGGUUUCGUUGUAUUGGAGAAAGAUUUCAGUCCAGUAAAGACAUUGACCUACAUUAAGAAUGUUGUAAUUCCAAAGACCAACAAUAACUUUAAAAAUAUCUUCUCCAUCGUAGAUAAUAAUCAUAAAGCAUUGGAAGAGAAAACCAUUAAAUUAGAGAAUUUACUAGGUUCAAGUAGUGUCGUCGUUGAGAAUCUCUUCUCAAUCAAUCAAAAAACUAUGGAGAAAGUACGUGAUACUUUUAAUAGUUCUUUGACCUUGGUUGGUGAAUUGAAAAUUCCAAUGGUUCAAUUGUUAGACUCUGUCAAGGCAGAAGCUUGGAAACAAUUACCAUUGACCAACUUUAAAGAUAUCGAAUUUCAACGUUGGAAAAUCAAUAAUGUCAUCACAAACACUCAAGAGAAGAUUGAAUAUAUCGCCUCUCGUGAAGAAGAUUUUGUUAAAGACGCUCGUGUUCCAUUACAAGAAUCAAAUAGUACAAAAAUAGAACGUAUUCAUAAAACCAUGGAAAAGCUUACCAAUCCUGAAGCUCAACCAACUACUUCAGAUCUUCGUGAAAAACCAUUGACUCUUGUCAAUAGAAAUCAAUUUGAUUCCCUUCAAACAACUCCAUUCAUCACAAAGUCUUUAUCAUCCGUUGAACGUUUAACUAAACUCUUUGAAACACCAACUGAUGUACCAUUCCUUCUCUCUCAAAAACCAAUUCCUCAUCCAUUGGUCUCAUUAAAAGAAAGACUUCCAAACCUCAAAAAAAGUAAUCUUGAUAAAGAUACACCAAUUCACAUCGAUUCAGAAAUCCCCGAUCCAAGUAAUUCAACCAUUGCCGAUAAACUUGAUUUAAGAAAUUCAUUUUCAAAAAAUAAAGAUUUUGAAAAUGAAAUGAAAGAACUUGAUAAAUUCACCACUAUUAAAACUCAAAAAUCUCAAGAAGACACUAUCGAUAGUGAUUCCAAACAAUAUGCCAAGGAAGCCAAUAUUGUCUUUGGUCAAAAUAAUAUUAUUCCAAUUGAAGCCACUAAUAUUAUUAAACCAGAUAUUGUAUCUACAAUUGAUUUUAUGUCAACAAAAAAUAUCGAUGAUACAUUAGCAAAAGAUCAAAAUACCACCCCUACUACUCAAGUCUCUUCACUCAAUAUCAAAUCCAUUCUUAAAGAUGCUAAAAACUCACCAGGUAUUUCAUCAGAUUUAGAUGACUUCUUCUCAAAACUUUCAAAUCUUGACGAACAAAAACCACAAAAACAAGUAUCCAUUUUCCAAAGAAUUCAAGAUCAAUUGUCAGGUGCUUCUUCAGAAGAGAGUUCAACCAAUGUUGAAUGGAAAGAAUCCAUUCAAUUUAUCAGUCAACGUUUAUCUGAUUUCAAAUGGAAGAAUAUUAAUUUAAUCAUUUCCGAUCAUUAUCAAUUCAUUAUCUCUCAUGAUAAUAAAUCUGGUUUCUGUUUUAUUCCUUCAAACUUUAUCGACAAAGAAUUAUUCAUCUUUUUGAACUCAAUUCAAGAUUCAUUCGAUAUGAUUAAUGGUGGUUCUUCAGAUAAAGCCACCGAAGAAUAUAAUCUUAAAUCUUUAUUGGCCGUUGAAAAAGUUGUUGAAUCUUUGAAACAUCUCUACAGAUUUAAAUCAAUUUUAAUCGAUAAUACUGUUAUUCCAGGUAAACCUGAACAAUAUUCUUUUGUUAAUUACUUUUCCAAAUUUUUACAAAGUCAAUCUAUAUCACCUGAUGAAAAUAUUACCCUUAAAAAUAUUUGUCCAUAUGUUGAUUUGGUUUUCACUGAUUCCUUUGGUAUUGAGUUCUUGGAUGAAAAUGGUAACCCAACCAAUGAUACCAAUGCAGUUCAACAAUCAAAACAUGUAAAGAUCUCUUUCAACCAAAACAAUCCAGAUAUCAACCUUUUCUUAAAAUUUGUUUUUGUAGUAUUAUCUGAAAACUCUGAAUUCUUUAAAGAUAUCAUCUCAAGAACUUAUCAAAUUCCAUCUCCUCCACCAUCUCCUUCAAUUGAAGAAGUUAAAAAUACUAUAAAUGAAAUCUAUGGUUUCGAUAGAAUUACUUCUGGUCCAUAUUCAGUUAAUCUUGACGAUGUUUUCCUUGAAGAUGAUAAUGUUGUUGAUUCCACAGAAGUUAGCGAGUUUGAUGAUGAAGAAUAA